UUAUACUUCGUGCAAAGCAUGUAGCCCGGUUCUUCGGAGCUGACGUAGUGAAGAAAUUAUCCGGGUAUCAGUCCCGCAUUCUUGCUUAACUAAGAGAAAACGUCGGUGAUUCUCAUUUUUUACCGAUAUUAUUAUCUAUUCCUCCCCUCGUGUUAUUUUGUGAAUGUGCAGCACAGUCAGUCGUGUGCAGUGAUUAGUGAGAGAAAGAAAGAGAGAAGUUAAGCCAAGCCAAGAAAAAAUACGUUGGUUUCUUAGUAAGACAAUCUUUGCAACCUUCGCAAUUAUCCGGCCAUUAAUACCCAAUUUCUGUUCCUCAAGCUUGUACAAAGUUUUGUGUGAGUGAUAUCGAAGCAAUUCUCGUCAUAAAAUCGGAACCAUUGUUUAAAAAUUUACAUGCGAGAUAAGCUAACCAAGUUUUAUACAGUGAAAGUAAAUGAAUUCAGCAAAAAUAUUAUUGUGUUUUACAUCCAAAAUUUGCGUGCGCUGAAAAAUUGCAAAAUUUUUAGUUUGAAUUGCACACCUGGAAAAAUUGAGUUUAAAAAAGAGACUCGACAAAAGUAAGGUUUUUAAGUGAAUGAUAAUAAUGGAGGGUGAACAAAGGGGGCGAACCAGUCGGGGUCAGACGCCGGAUCGUUUAGAUGCCAAAGGUGGGGGAGGUGGUGGUGGGGGUUCAAACAGUCGUCGCGGGUCACAUCUCCUGGUCGCCGCAGGAAUUGGGUAUGAACAAAGACGACGAUUAUCGCAACAAAAUGCAGAAGCGCAUGGCAAAGUCUUUCAACAAGGAAACCAGGUUUAUAUAGAAGACAAGGAUGGCAACGUGACGAGGUUGGAGGUGGUCGAGGUGCAUGAGAAGAUGGGCCUUUUGCGAAAAGCCGUGCCCACGUUGCCGGUCUUUUUCGCCAUUAUUUUCUGCCUGCUAAACACAAUCCUUCCCGGGACAGGGACGAUAUUGGGUGCCUUAAGUCUCUUUUGUUGUGGUAAAUGCCAUCACGACACGGUCACGAGGGGCGUCAAGUAUGGCUUUGUCGCAGCAAUAUUGCAAAUUGUGACAGCCGUGUUUAUUGUGGGAUGGAUCUAUAGUAUUUAUUAUGGCGUCACUAUGGUCCAAGAUUCGCUUCUAAAAGGAGCUGGUGCAGAAAGGCAAGAUGAAGUUAGCGAGGACGUUGAGAAGAAUAAAAAUUCACAGGACCAUUAACUCCGAGUAGGGGAAACUAAUGUCUCAUUUUUUGAACCAAUUCACUUACCUAUUCACUCUUAAAAAUAAUGCGACCUUUUGAAAAGUAAAGUCUCAAAUUUACGUCAAGCGUCCAGUUAAUUUGAAAAA